AUCGCAAAAUUAGCUAGGGCGAGAGCAAAGGGCUGAGCUAAUUGUAGCCUAAUCCUCUGCCCUGCAGGCGUUUGCAAAGCCUUGAGCAAGAAUUCGCUUUUUUUCCUCCUCUUCUCCCUUCCCUCUGUUAUUUAGAGACGGGAUUAUUGCCUUUCUUCUCAUAACAGCCUCGGCAGUUUCAUUUAAAGGCUUUUUUCCCCCUCACACACACACACAUCCGCGCACACACAACAUAAAUAGAAAGAAGCGGCAAAAACAGAGAGGGGGAGAGCGAGCGAGCGAGGAGAGAGAAGCCUUAAAAAUAAUAAUAAUCACAGCAGGAUCUGAGGAGCAAAGAUAGUAAUAAAGGCAAAAAAACUGAGCCCAUCCACACACAAACCCAGCAGAGCCCAAAGCCGAGGGGGGCUCGCGGCUCAUCCUGUGCUCAAGGCUCGCUUCUCAGCGUAACCAAUUGUCUCCGAGUGGCUCUGGAGGCAGACCCGAGCGGUCGCCGUGCGUGUUUAUGGAGACAAAGGAGGGAAGAAGCAUGUCCCGUCUGUCUCUAACACGGUCCCCAGUUUCUCCUCUGGCUGCUCAAGGAAUUCCUCUCCCAGCUCAGCUCACCAAGUCGAACGCUCCUGUGCACAUCGAUGUAGGAGGACACAUGUACACCAGCAGCCUGGCUACCCUGACCAAGUACCCAGACUCCAGAAUAAGUCGUCUGUUUAAUGGCACAGAGCCUAUUGUCUUGGACAGUUUAAAACAACAUUAUUUCAUUGAUCGAGAUGGUGAGAUUUUCAGAUAUAUAUUAAGCUUCCUAAGGACAUCUAAGCUACUGCUCCCAGAAGAUUUUAAGGACUUUAAUCUUUUAUAUGAAGAAGCAAAGUAUUACCAGCUGCAGCCAAUGAUUAAGGAACUUGAGCGAUGGAAACAAGAGAAAGAACAAAGGAAACAUUUCCAGCCUUGUGACUGCUUGGUUGUAAGAGUGACUCCAGAUCUGGGGGAAAGAAUUGCAUUGAGUGGGGAGAAAGCUUUGAUAGAAGAGAUCUUCCCUGAGACGGGGGACGUCAUGUGCAACUCCGUAAACGCAGGCUGGAACCAAGACCCUACCCACGUUAUUAGGUUUCCUUUGAACGGAUACUGCCGGUUGAAUUCAGUGCAGGUGCUUGAAAGGUUAUUUCAGAAGGGAUUUAAUAUGGCAGCUUCCUGUGGUGGUGGGGUGGAUUCCUCUCAGUUCAGCGAAUACGUGCUGUGUCGUGAAGACAGACGACCGCAACCCACCCCAACGAUCAGAAUAAAACAGGAGCCCCUGGACUAGACCCUACCUGUACUCCUCUGUAACCAUAGAAGUGUUUAAUGGUCCCUUAUGUGAAACACUAAGGAUUUGCAAAACAGUAUUAGCGAACAGAUUUUGACUUUAUGUUGCCAAUUAGUGGUAUUCUGAAACUACCUGUCACGUAGCCAGCCAUGAAAUGCAUUUGAAAAAUCAGUUGUCUGCUCUCCACGAUGAAAUUACUGAGCAUGCUCAGCAUACCAGGCCUGGUGGGAACGUCCUUUGAGCUGAACAGCUGUGUGGUGCAAAAGGCAAAGCUUCGUACAACCCCGACCCCAGAACAGACUUCUGCAGAACGAGCAAUUAAAGCAAUUUGAAUCUAUCAGCAGGAGAAGUGAUUCCGACAGCCUUCCCAACGACACCGCAGACGUGACGUGCAGAAGUGCGGCCUCCGAGAGGAAGAUGGUACAUCACUAACUGCACUGAGAACCCCCCUGGCUGCCAUACCUCCUCAUAUCAGAUGUGCUUUACACCUCCGUACCGUUACAUUACACUUCUGUGAUUGUACUCAUUCAUGCUAGCAAAUGGCUUAUUUUUAUACAACAUUGCCAACUGAAAUAUCUUUCUGUGGACAGAAUCUAGAAUCAGAAAAGGACCGAUUUAUAGUCAACUGGUGCUCAGUACUGAAAAACAAGCAAACAGACCAAACAAAAAAAAAGCAACAAAAAAUUGAGAAGGCCAAUUAUGGCAAUACAUGCAAAAGUAGGGAUUUGGAAGCACAACAUAAAACUCCGUCAAACAAGGGCCACACACCUACGGUGGAGCUGUAGCUCUCUCAAAGCCAGUCACGUUUUGACUCAGAAACUAAGUUUUGCAUCAUUGGAGAAUCGUGGCUCUGCCACCUCUUGUUGUUCAUUUAUGAACCAUGUUUAUGGGGACAACCAACUCUUUAUGGGUCUGGAAUUUUCGCAAAGAGAUGUUAAAACCCUCUACCUUCCACUGUCUGAUGAAAGCAGGCCAUGAUUUGUUUAGAUUGUUUUUCCUCUAUAUUUUAAACUAUUAUUAAAAUGCCAAUUGUGUAUCUGCCCUC